UUCGCGCUUCCUUUCUGGUGUUCCGCGUCUACAAAGCUUGCAAAAUUGGCCAUGGAGGUCUCUGCGGCGGAGGAUCUCGGAGCUCCGGAGUCGUGGGAGGUCGCCGAUUUGGACGAGUCCAUGACUCGGUUGAUGCUCGCUUCUUCCUCUUCCAAGAAGGAGUCGGCCAGGCCUUGCGACGAACCCAACGAUCCCUCGGACUCUUCUUCUUCUUCUGCUGCUUCUGCUACGCCUGGGGCUCCGGCCGAGAAUACUUCUUACGAGGAUGUCGUCGGUCAGGUCGACCAGUUUCUUCGCGAGGCGUUGCAAAACCCUAGGGAGCGCUUAUCGAUUUUAAGGAUGGAACAAGAUGUUGAGAAGUUUAUUCACGAUCCUACUCAGCAGCAAUUAGAAUUUCAACAGUUGCCGACUUCUUACUUGCGGUUGGCUGCACACCGUGUUGCGCAACAUUACUCACUUCAGUCAAUGGUUUUGCUAGAUAAUAACUUGGCUGAUGGCUCUGGUUCCAGGAUUAUUGUUCGUAAAACAGCUGAGUGUCGUCUUCCCAUGAUUCGCCUUGCAGACAUUCCUGUAAAUUUACCUUCAGAAGACACUGGUGUCAUUAAGGUUGCAAUUAAACAGAGGCCACAGAAGAGGUCUCAGAGUGCCAAGAAUGCAGAUUCAAAUUCAGUAAAGUCAAACAAUUCUAAAAGUGUUGAAGAAAGGAAAGAGGAGUAUAACAAGGCUCGUGCUCGAAUAUUUUCUGGCAAUAUUACAAGUGCUGGUGCAAGUGGGAGAUCAGAAAAUGAACUAAGGCUGCAGGAUAUUCCCCAGUAUGGUUCAUUGGCAAUUCCGAAGAUGGAAGAAAAACCUGGAUUGGGUGUUUCUGAUAUGAGUUCUGGUAGGGGUCUAAUUGAUUCUUCGACAACUAGUGGUAGGACAGCUAGAAAUAGGAUAGAGAAGGAUCCAAUUGGUAGGUACAGACCAAAUAAUAGGGUAGCUAUAUUUCGAGACCGUGAAGUCGACCGCAAAGAUCCCGACUAUGACAGGAGCUAUGACAGGUAUAUGCAAAGAUUUGAUCCUGGGUUUGGGUUUAAUGGAGGACCGUAUACAAUUCAGCCCAUGUACGCGCCUGCAAUAAACUACAACACCGAAUUUCCACAGCUUGGUUCGACUCAUAGACCUCAGAUUUCUGCGGAACCUCAGCCUUGUCCACUUCCUCAACACAUGCCUGGUCCAUGGGCUGCACCAUCAGCCCCCGCAGGGAUAGGGUAUGCUCAUCCAGAGGCCAUAAUUGCACCAUUUAAUCCAAAUCCUGUUGGUGCACGCUCCACAUCUGGCAUGUAUCUGCAUUCCUCCCAAUAUCCUUGCCAGCACCCCGGAAUACCCUUCAUCCAUCCGCAUGAAAAUAUUCAUCAACCUUUUUCUCAGUCUCAUCAACAACAACCUGAUGCAAGUUUUGGAUUAGCCCGGCCCCGGUGAGGGGCAGGGGCCAUGCCUGCACCCUGCCAGCUUGAUGUUGAGCUUGAAUUAUAUGUUGUUGACAUGCUCUAGAGGCUCCCUGCGUCCCAACUGGCAGGCGUGCAGGCAUAGAUAACCGAGGUGGGGAAUGGACAUUUUGUUCUUAUGGAAACCUGCAUUUUCCCAUUCCACCAUUCUCGGUUUUGAAAGGUGCUUCUUGCAUCUGAGGAAUGAUGAAGAAGCGCACUGGGUUUGGCAACAAAAAUUCCUGGGUGUAAUCUCAGAUGGCUUUGUUUUGCCACUGAUUAUGACGAAACAGAAAUUACAGCGCCAGGGAAGCAUGUGCUCAGCCUGGACGAAGCUUCAGUAAGAGCCAAAAGACCGCCAUAUUGGAAGACACUGGUGCAAUCCAUCUAUAUCGGCUAUUAGCAAGUAGGCGUGUGCCUCCGUGAUUGACAAGAAGCUCUGACAGUCGCUUGCAAUUGCUGCUAUAGACUUCAACGCUUGAUUGCAGAAACAGAACACGCAAACCACAUUUGUGUCGUAUGGCUCCGUUUUGUUGUGAAAUCUGUUCCUUUGAUUAUCAUCUGCAUUUUAUUACUUGAUCAUCAUUUCUUUUUGAUGGUUUCUACUUUCCAUAGGAGAAUUUGCGAAAAUAACAUGCUUUAAUUUAAACCAAAUAAGGACACAAUAUAUAAAGGUCCCAGGUGAAAAACUAUUUUUAAAAGGAUAAAAACGAUCGACUUAGCUUCUCGUGUCAAAUUUAAGGAGGUGCGUGUUUGUUUGCUAAAAAAUUUUCGGACUGGAUUAAAACCAUAAGCACCAAGACGUUGCUAGCAUUUUUAGAGGUAAAACGCUCGAACUGCAUAAAAAUGAGUUGUUUUUGAACUUUAUGAAAUAAUUAUUAUGUAUGAACGUGACAUGUCCGAUAUUGGGGUUCCUUAAUUGACAUUUAGGGCUUGUUCGGUUGUAUUUUUGAGUUAUGGUGAUUUGAGUGUAGAUCUUGAGUUGAAUUCG